CAUUCAUGUGUUUCAAUUUCAUCCAAGUCACACCAUCUCAUCUCUAGUUCUGUUCUGUCUUUCUAAAGGUUAGGUCCACUUUCCCCAAUCUCUCUCUCUGCUGUGUUCCAAUUCCCACCUCACUCCCUUUUUUCUACAACACUUCUCUUCGCAACAUGGGUUCUAAUUCUAAUAGAUCACCAAUGUUGGUGAUCUUGAUCGUGUUCACCCUCUUCACAGCAACGUUUGCCUUGGACAUGUCUAUCAUUUCCUAUGACAAAACCCACUCAGACAAAUCUUCACGGCGUAGUGACAAAGAGGUCAAGAAUAUAUACGAGGAGUGGCGCGUGAAGCACGGAAAGCUCAAUAACAACAUAGACGGAAGCGAAAAGGAUAAGAGAUUUGAAAUCUUCAAAGACAACCUUAAGUUCAUCGACGAACACAAUGCUGAGAACAGAACAUACAAAGUUGGGUUGAACCGGUUCGCUGAUCUUAGCAACGAAGAGUACCGGUCUAGGUACUUGGGAACCAAGAUUGACCCAAUUGGAAUGAUGAUGGCAAGAACAAAGACCAGGAGCAAUCGUUAUGCUCCAAGUGUUGGUGACAAAUUGCCCAAAUCUGUUGAUUGGAGGAGUCAAGGUGCUGUGGUCCAAGUCAAAGACCAAGGAAGUUGUGGGAGCUGCUGGGCUUUUUCAACAAUUGCUGCAGUGGAAGGGAUUAACAAGAUAGUCACAGGAGAACUUGUUUCACUAUCAGAACAAGAACUGGUUGACUGUGAUAGAACAGUUAAUGCAGGUUGCGAUGGCGGACUUAUGGAAUAUGCCUUUGAGUUCAUUAUAAACAAUGGUGGUAUUGACAGCGAUGAGGAUUAUCCCUAUCGUGGCGUUGAUGGUAAAUGUGAUCAAUACAAGAAAAAUGCUAGAGUCGUUUCGAUUGAUGACUACGAACAGGUUCCGGCCUAUGAUGAGUUAGCCUUGAAAAAGGCUGUAGCUAAUCAGCCAAUCAGUGUUGCCAUUGAAGCUGGUGGUAGGGAAUUCCAGUUAUAUGUAUCCGGUAUAUUCACAGGAAAAUGUGGGACAGCAUUAGACCAUGGUGUUACCGCUGUUGGGUAUGGAACAGAAAAUGGAGUCGAUUAUUGGAUAGUAAGAAAUUCAUGGGGUAAGAGCUGGGGAGAAUCAGGCUAUGUAAGAAUGGAACGUAAUCUAGCAGCAAGCGUGGCAGGCAAAUGUGGAAUCGUAAUGCAGUCUUCCUAUCCCAUAAAGAAGGGCCAAAAUCCCCCAAAUCCAGGACCAUCUCCUCCUUCACCUGUGAACCCACCAAACGUUUGUAGUAGAUAUCACAGUUGCGCUUCAAGCACUACUUGUUGUUGUGUAUUUGGAAUUGGAAAACUUUGCUUUUCAUGGGGAUGUUGUCCUCUUGAGGCUGCAGUCUGCUGUAAAGAUCACUCAAGUUGUUGUCCUCACAACUAUCCCAUUUGCAACACUCGCCAAGGGACCUGUCUCAGGAGUAAGGAUAAUCCAUUUGGAGUGAAGGCAAUGAAGAGAACUCCGGCUAAACUGCACUGGCCUUUUGGAGAUCAGAAUAAGAUAGAUGUUGCUUAAGAAGACUACGGCCAACUUGGUACUCAUCUCCUUUCAUCCAUCUAAUUUCGGGUAAAAGCAUAUAGAACAUUAAAUCUUUGGCAUUGGGAUGAUACCUACAGAUUUCAGACAGAAGUAUGUACAUGUCCUCGUUUUACGUUUGGUGGUGUAUUUGUAUUCUUAAAUUUCAACCUACGAAUAUAUGUUGAUUAUUGUUUCAGACUACUGUAGAUUCUGGAAUAAUUAUUCGCCUAUUAGUUUCUGAAUGUCCUAUUGAUUUCCAUUCAGAAUAAUCAUGAUAACCGAGACUCGUUAUCAUGAUUUCAUGCAUACAAAUAUCACAUGUGUAAUAGAUUAUGAAGUUAUUAUACAACGUUGUAAAAAUUGCUUAUGUUUUCA